AUUUGCCCAGGUCCCAGGUGACUUUGACAACCGAGAUGGGUUGCACCAGUAGCUAUCAACACGUGUUGAAGCAGCAUGUUGCUGGGGUUAAUUUGUUAUAAACAAUAAGAUUAUUUUUCUUGAUUAGGAGCUUUCGUACUGCAGACUAGUCUAUCUAUUUAGCAGUAAUUGAGUGCGAAACAAAUAGAAUUCAAGUGACCGCGGAUUAGUGAUUUGCCGGCUUUUUGUUGCUGGAGAUAAGGGAAGCGUAAAGUACGAGGGGAUGGAUUACCAUCCCAACAGGAGUAAAAUAUUUUUGCUAAAAGAAAAUGAAGGAAAAUCAUUUGAUCAUGAUCCAAACUUGCCACCGUUACCGCUGCCUAAGUUGGAAGAAACUCUUGAAUGUUAUUUUGAAUCAUUAAAGCCAUUCGCAAUCCCUGCGGAACUUGCCAUUUCUCGCAAAAUUGUGGAUGAAUUCAAAAAUGGUUUCGGGAAAACUCUUCAAGAGAUUGUCGAAGAACGCUCAUGGUCGAAAAAAAAUUGGAUUAAUGACUGGUGGGAGAAAUACCGUUAUCAUAUAUUGCGCUUCCCGCUAUAUCCUUACGUCGUAAUGGGUCUACCACUUCCACUUCAAAGCGUUGGCGUACCCGAGAAUGAGGACUACAGUCUAAAGGCAGCUGCUCGCUGUUUAUAUCAUAAAAUCGAAUUUUGGGAUUUAUUACGUCGCGAACGGAUCCGUCCCGUAGCACCACCGGAUGGUAUGAAAUAUUUCUCGAUGGAGAUAUUUAAGCGGUUAUUCUGUACAUCACGGAUACCUGGAGAACCAUUCGAUAGGCUAGAUAAACAUUUUAAAACAGUUUCAGAAGGCGAAUGCCCAACCCACGGAAUUAUAAUUGCAAAAGGUCGUAUUUUCCAAUUUAAUUGCGUACGUUUGGAUGGGAAUUUAAUAACACCUCAGGAAAUCCUUAGCAUUUUACAUUAUAUUCGUGGAGUUAUCGACACAUCAGUUAGCAGUGAUAACAUUCCAAUACUAACAUGUGAUGACAGAUCCAGUUGGGCUAAGAAUCGCAAAUAUCUUGAAGAACUUUCACGCCACAACGCGCAACUUUUAAAAAUAAUCGAGAGUUCGGUUGUAAUGGCAUGCCUCGACAACCAUUCACCAAAAGACUAUUCGGAGAGCUCACAAUUAGCCCUAACCGGGGACUUCCAUUCCAAGUGGGCUGACCGUAGCAAUAUAAUGGUCAUCUUUCGGAAUGGCAAAAUAUCAUUAAUUGGAGAGCCCUCUGCUUAUGACGGUCGAUGUAGUAUAAGCUUUGCCUUUUUCCUUUUAUUGGGCUUAUUAGAAAUGGGGGAACCAGAUUGGUAUCAAGUGCCUACUCCAAUUUUAUUAUCACCAGUCGAGCACAUAUUUAAUUUAGAUGAACGACUCAGAAAAGAAAUAGUCCGAGUGUUGAAUGACUGUGAGGCUAGGCGUGACGAAAUAACAGUUUCAUAUAAAUCGUUCGAUAAUUACGGCAGAAAAUUUAUUGCUGAUAAUGGUAUGCACUGGGAUUCUUACACGCAGAUGGCUAUUCAAUUAACUUAUUACAAAAUGCAUCGUAAGUACCCUUCAACACAGGAAACCAUUCAGUUGAGAAAUUUUCAUAAUGGGCGAACGGAUGCAUUAAAAUAUUUUUCGGAGCAAACAGCUGAAUUUCUUCAGAUUGCCACCAAUCCUAAAUCAACCAGGAAGCAAAUAGUUGAUGAGUUCAGAAAGGCUGCUAUCAGCCAUACAAAGUCAAGAUCUACCGUUAAAGAAGGCAAAGGAAUGGACCGACAUCUGUUUGGCCUUUACUGUGCGGCUCGUGAAGGGAACUGGAAUAUUCCCGAGUUAUUUCAUGAUCCUUUGUUUGUUAGAAGUGGUGGUCAUCGAAAGUUUACACUAUCAACUAGUACUUCGGGUUUUACCGCCAUAAAUAUCUUUACAGCGCCAAUGGUAACAGAUGGAUAUGGGGUAUUUUACAAUGUUACAAUUAAUGGUAUAAACUUCAUAGUUACGGCGUGGAAAACGAGUCCUGAAACAAGUGCCCAUAAGUUUUCGUCUUUGCUCUGCGAGUCAUUGCGAGAAAUUAAAUCGUUAAUUAAAGGUGACUUCGAAUCUAAAUUGUAAAUAAACUUGUAUGGAACCAAUAUAUAUACUUUUAAAAAUAUGA